AUGUCAGACAAAGAAAAGGAAGAAGCUCGUGAACAAUAUUUAUCUACUUCGUCUUCAAAUGAAACAGACGAAAUCUUAACCUUCACCAGGUCUCACUAUGAGCAACAUAUCCAACCACAACUCCAACAAGGACGUCGAGGUUCACAUGUAUCUACCACCAUCAGAAAAUCUUUCGAAUCAAUACGGAAGAACAUAUCAGGCCAAUACUCAUCAUCCCAAACCGAUAAUGAAAACAACGACGACUAUUCAGUUCAUCACAUAUACGGAGAUUUAGAUAGUAAUGCAAUCGCAUUACAAAGAACCAACACCCGAGUCACCAUUUUAACCGAAUUGGCCUCCCGUAUUGAACAUCCAGCCGAUUAUAUCGAUUCCGAAGACAUCGAAAAACAAUUAGCCAGGGAUACUAUUCCAGGUAUAGUUCAUGACGGGGAAGAAUUUCAUAAGAUUGAUCCGGAAUUAAUCACUUGGAAUGGGAAUCAUGAUCCAGAAGAUCCACGGAAUUGGCCAACUAGGACCAAAGUUGUUCUAAUUGGGUUCGUGUCUUUGUAUGCGUUAGUUGCGCCUAUGUCUUCGUCUAUAUUAUCUCCAGCUAUGAGUUUUAUUUCGGAGGAUUUUCAUAUUGAAUCGAGUAUAAUGAAGGCAAUGGUUGUUUCGAUCCAGAUUUUGGCUUGGGCAUUUGGUCCACUUUUGAUUGCUCCAUUGAGUGAACAUGAUAAUAUUGGAAGGAAAUUGGUAUUGGAUGUGAGUUGUUGGAUGUCAUUUUUGUUUAAUAUUGGAUGUGCAUUUUCUCAAAAUACGGGACAAAUGAUGGUGUUUAGAUUUAUUGGAGGGUUGUUUGGUUGUGUGCCUAUGAAUGUUUGUGCUGGGGUUAUUUCUGAUUUAUAUGAUGCAAAGAGUAGAAAUGUUGCUUUGGCUAGUUAUUCUUUGGUUCCUAUCUUAGGUCCAGUUAUUGCUCCUGUUAUAGCUGGAUUUAUUGUUGAACAUAAACAAUGGAGAUGGGUAUUUUAUGUGUUAUGUAUGUUUAAUGGAUUUGUUGCUCUUGCUGCUACAUUUUUAUUCAAAGAAACUUAUUCUCCAACCUUGUUGAAACGCAAGGCCAAGAAGCUAAGAAAAGAAACUGGUAAUGGUAACUUACACACCAUUUAUGAGAUAGCUGAUGGUGAUUCAACAGCAACAAAGAUGUACUUAUGUAUGACCAGACCAAUUAAAUUAUUAUUUACCCAUCCAAUGAUUGUUGGAUUAGGUUCAUUUAUGGCAUUUACUUAUGGAUUCAUGUAUCUCAUGAUUGUCACAUUCCCACAAAUCUUCGGACAAGUGUACGGUUUUAGUAAAAGUAUUACCGGGUUAAUGUAUAUUCCAAUGGGUAUUGGAUUUACUGCCGGGGUUAUAUUUUGGACAUAUAUGAUUGGGAGAGUUUACAACAAUUUAACCGAAAAGAAUCAUGGCAUUGGAAAACCAGAGUACCGUUUGCCUUGUCUCAUUGCUUGUUCAUUAUUUAUUCCAAUUGGACUUAUUUGGUUUGGAUGGUCAGCUGAAAAACAAUUACAUUGGAUAAUGCCAGCUAUUGGAAGCGCAAUUUUCAGUUUUGGAUUAGUCUGUGUAUUCCAAACUACCCAAAGUUACUUAAUUGAUAUGAAUGUAAGAUAUGCAGCUAGUUCAGUCGCUGCCGCUGCCUUAUUUAGAUCUUUGUUUGGAUUUAGUUUCCCAUUAUUUGCUAAUUUGAUGUAUGCUAAAUUAGGUUAUGGCUGGGCCAAUACUAUGUGUGCAUUUAUUGGUAUAAUUUUGGGAGUUCCAUUUCCAAUCUUCUGUUAUUUGUAUGGGGAAAGAAUUAGAAAUUGGGCUGAUAACAGAAUUGAAGCUGAACAAAUUAGAAGAGAUCAAAGAAAGAUAGAAAAAGCUGCUAGAAAGAAGCAGAUGAUUUAA